UUCUUUCAACAGCAGCAACAGACAGUCAGCCACCUCGGUAGUUUGCUAGACAAAAUAUACGAACCAAUAAAGGUCUUUAGACGUAUUCGUAAUUAUUAGCCACUGUGUUUUAAACCCUCUUCUGUCGUCUAGUUAGUUAUCCGUUUUAAUUUCAUAUUUACGGUGUUGUUAUUAUUCCGUUAGCGGGCUGGUUAAGUUAGCAUUAGCCUAGCUAGCUAACAUCCCCGACCAUGCGGUCACUAAGCUACUCCCCUGCUAUAGAAGAAGCGGGUAUCACAGUAAAACAAGAAGUAGAGGAUGAGGCCGUUACUGUGAAAGAAGGGGAAGAAGCGUUCAGAGUGAAAGAGGAUGAGGUUGCAGUUUAUGGAGUGAAAGAGGAGGAAGAGAUGACUGUUACAUUGAAAACGGAGGAGGAAGAAGAGGAGGAGGAAACUGGUCCCGGUUUCCCAAACGCAUCUUAAGGUGUCGGAUGGUUCUAACGGUGAACUUAGCCAUAAGAUGGUUUUGAGAAACCGUUCCCUGAUUAACACUCGAGAGAGACGUGACUAUCGUGGAUCCUCUGGGGAGCCUCAACAACCUCAUGAUGCUGACGAGGCAGAGAAGAGUCUCUCCACAUCAGAACACCUCAAGAAACACCAGUGGAGACCCACAGGGAAGAAAUCUCACCACUGCUCUGACUGUGGGAAGAGAUUCACCUCAUCAGGCAUUAAAAUUCAUCAGAGAAUCCACACAGGAGAGAAAGCUUAUAUCUGUGGUCAAUGUGGGAAGAGAUUCACCUCAUCAGUAAAACAUAAAAUACAUCAAAGACAUCACACAAGAGAGAAACCAUAUGGCUGUGCUCAAUGUGGGAAGAGUUUUACUACAUCUAGCCAUCUAAAUAUACACCAGAGAAUACACACAGGAGAGAAACCUUAUAGCUGUGGUCAAUGUGGGAAGAGUUUUACUAAAUCUAGCUAUCUAAAUAUACACCAGAGAAUACACACAGGAGAGAAACCUUAUAGCUGUGGUCAAUGUGGGAAGAGUUUUAGUCGAUCUGGCUAUCUAACUAAACACCAUAGAACACACACAGGAGAGAAACAUAGCUGUGGUCAAUGUGGGAAGAGUUUUAGUCGAUCUGACUAUCUAACUAUACACCAUAGAACACACACAGGAGAGAAACGAUAUAGCUGUGAUCAAUGUGGGAAGAGUUUUAGUCGAUCUGGCUAUCUAACUAUACACCAUAGAACACACACAGGAGAGAAACCUUAUAGCUGUGGUCAAUGUGGGAAGAGUUUUUCUUCUUCUGGCUAUCUAACUAUACACCAUAGAACACACACAGGAGAGAAACGAUAUAGCUGUGAUCAAUGCGGGAAGAGUUUUAGUCAAUCUGGCCAUCUGACAGUUCACCAGAGAACACACACAGGAGAGAAAACGUAUAGCUGUGGUCAAUUUGGGAAGAGUUUUUCUUCUUCUGGCUAUCUAACUAUACACCAGAGAACACACACAGGAGAGAAAUCUUAUAGCUGUGGUCAAUGUGGGAAGAGUUUUAGUCAAUCUGGAGAUCUGACAGUGCACCAGAGAACACACACAGAAGAGAUUCUGCGCUGUGAUCAAUGUGGGAAGAGUUUUUCUACUUUUAGACAUCUAACUAUACACCAGAGAACACACACAGGAGAGAAACCUCUUAGCUGUGACCAGAGAUAAUCUGAUAAAAGAUCUCUGAUCAAAUAUCAGAAAAUGUGUAUAUGAAGGAGUUGUUUCAUGAUAUCAAUGAAUUAAUGUCACAAUGUAGAAUGUUUUAACAUUGUAGUAGGAGUGUUUUAAUGUCUCAAUGUAGAAUGUUUCAAUAUAUAGUAUAUUAAUAUACUCUGCAGUCAGUCAGUCAGUCAGUCAGAAUGUCACAAUGUAGAACCCUAAACGUUUGCCCCCUUAUCAAUUGGUUUCAACAUGAUAUGGAUAUUAGGCUCAUUGGGGGAAAUCCAGGCUCUGAAUUAAAAGAGUAUUAUUUAUGUGAUUUAACACAAAGUGACUAACAAAAAAAGAGUUGUCCUCUAACCAGUGAUGUACACAUUAUUUCCAGAAUCAACUUAUUUCAACAUGAUAUCGAUGAGUUAUGACAAAUAAGUGUUGUGUUCCUUUGUUUAGUGACCCCUAAAUUUAAAUGCAUCACUCCAAUAUGUAGCUGACUGUCUUCUGCAGGUUGUCCUCUAACCAGUGAGCUAAAAGAUAUCUCCCAUUUCCAUGUUUUUCUUUUGUUGUUAGUUUCAACAGCACAUACAACCGGAUUUCCCCCCUAAUCGAUAUCAGUGAUUUAUUGCUACUUGUCAAAACAACAGCGUUUCUGGUGCUUGUGCAGUUUAUAAGGAGAUUGUUUUAACAAAAGACAAUUAUUGUGGCAGAUGUUUGUGUAUAUACCACAUGUUAGGUUUUCAAUUUAUCCCAAACUGUUUCUGCAUAUUGGUUAUUGAUUUGGACACGUUAAAACUGUGUUUUGACAUUGGGCUAUCCCUCCUAGCAAAAUGUAAUUGAAAAGCUGUUGAAAAUAAUACUAUGCAACCAAAUAUUUCAUAUUUACAUUUCAUGUAACAUUUAGUAAUGAAAAUUAUUCAUGCAACCAACUGACAGUUUUUUGGGUACAAUUAUAUUGACAUUGUUGCCCUGUUUUUAGAAUAUCAGGGUUAAUUCUCUCAUUUGCCAAACCAAAUGUACUAGAGCAUGACAUUGGGUACUGGGCCCCGAUCCAACAACAUGCCUAUCGAGUGAACCCUGAAAAGAGAGAGAAGCUCCGUAGUGAGGUGGACGGUUACUACGGAUAUUGCAGGAGUUUCCUCUUGAAAUCAGACAUGUCCGUGGUGAGAACAACCUGGUUGCUGAUUGUCUCAAGGGUGGGCAGUCAAAAUGUUUUGUGUUUUGCGUUUAGCCAGUGCAUUGCCAUGGAUCACAGUUUAUUUUUACUGCACGUUUUUCCGUAUUGGAGAUGAGUUUUGUUUGGGCUCGUUUCAAGGGGACGAGAGUUCAAGAAGCUAGUGAGUUUUAGGAAGACGAGAGUUCUAGAAGCUAGUGAGUUUUAGGAAGACAAGAGUUCUAGAAGCGAAACUUUUUUUUCUUGUUUUUAAUUGUUGACAGCCAGUAGAAACCAUGUUUAUAUUGGUAAAGGUGAAGCAUUGUAGUUGAUUAUAAUGUGAAAUGGAAGUUGUUUUCUGUUGGUGGUGCGCAUUCUCUUAAGGUGUUAGUCUUUGGUUUUUCCAUUUAUGUUUUGAGGUUGGACUUUAGCACGUAUAGCUCGUUUGCACGUAGGACGCACUGAUUAGUGUCACCUCGUUAGUCAGUAUGUGUUACACCUGUGCUGGCUUGUCCAUUUCGUUAGUGGGAAGGAGUUUCACCUGAGCUGGUCCAGGUUCUAUUUAAGAGUGUCUGGCCCAGUGCUCCAGUUGUCUUGAUAGAUGUGGAGAGUUAACACCUUUAGUUGCUCCACUUUUUUGGUUUGCUUCCUGUCUGUAAGUUUGGUGUGGGUUUUUCUUUUGUUUGCCUCUUCUUGGGCAGAUUUAGUGGGUCUCAUGGUGGGUGUCUAUUAGGUCCCAGUUGUUGUUACUAGUCAACUUUCAGUAGACACUGAGAGCAAAACUGCAACAUUAUGUUAUAAUACUUUUAUUGCAUCAAAUGGUUGUUUUAUGCAACAGAAUAGAGGGUUCUUAGAACUAUUGUGUCUGUGUGUUCUACUGAGGACUUGCCUCUGGGAGAAAACACUGACAGGACAUUUACAAUGUCUUUUGGGUGAUAAAAACCUAAAGAGACCACAUUCCAGGGCAUGAGUUACUGUUUCUGUUCUAUAUGGUACCAGGGAGCGAUGAACCCCUCCUAAAAAAAAAAAUCCUUGAAUUUUGCAUUGCAUCCAAUUAAUAUUUUAAUCAAUGGCAUUUCCUUAGGCUGCUCAUUAGUCUUUCAGUUGUUAGUCUUCUGUUGUGUACUAAAUAUUUCAUUUUUUUAUUUGUUUUUUCUUGUGAAGCCAUUGUGUUGCAUCCAUGUCUGAAAUGUACUGUAUAAAUAAAGCUUGAUUUGAUUUCAACAAAUGAACCCAAUGACUGACCAAUCA